AUGGACACGGAACAGUCAAACCAGAGGGCCGCCGACGUCGAGAAGGCGGCUGCCUCCUCUCAACUAACACAGCUAGCUACGGACAAAGCGCCCACAACCGGCGGCCAUGAUGUUGACCCGAUGGCCAACCGAGUCGAGGACGGGGUCGAAUACCAGUCGAUGACCUGGUGGCAGGCGGGAAUGGUGAUGGUGGCCGAGACCAUUUCGCUGGGGAUCUUGUCGCUGCCACAGGCCAUGUCGACGGUCGGGGCCGUGCCAGGGCUCAUCCUCCUCCUGUUUUUCGGUGCAUUCGCGUCGUAUUCUGGGUUGGUCAUCGGUCAGUUCAAGCUUCAACAUCCCCACGUCCACUCAAUGGGGUGCGCCGGUCAAGUCCUAUUCGGGAAAUGGGGUGGCAUCGUCAUCGGAUGCGCCCAGUUCCUGUUCUACAUCUUCGUCAUGGGCAGCCACAUCCUCACCUUCGCCAUCUGCAUGAACACCAUCACCGGGCACGGCGCCUGCACGAUCGUCUGGAUGAUGCUCGGCACCGCCCUGAGCCUGGUGUGCACGCUGCCACGCACCCUGAAGCAUCUCUCGUACUUCUCCAUGGCUAGCUUCGUCAGCAUCAUCGGCGCCGUCAUGGUCACGAUGGUCGCAGUCGGCAUCAGCAAACCGGCAAUGCAAGCGGCCAAACUGUCCGGUGGUGGUGGUGAUGGUGCUCUCUCCUUCCGCCUCUGGCCCAGCGACGACGUGACUUUCGUCCAAGGGUUCCUGGCCGUCUCUAACAUCGUGUUCGCGUACGCGGGUCACCCGGCGUUCUUCACGUUCAUUUCAGAACUGAAGAACCCCCGUGACUUUCCCAAGGCGCUGGCAUUCCUCCAGAUCAGCGACAUCUCCAUGUACGUGAUCGCGGCCAUCGUCAUCUACUACUUCGCAGGAGACUCGGUGGCGAGUCCGGCGCUGAACAGCGCGAAGCCCGUGGUGGCCAAGGUCGCGUGGGGCGUGGCCAUCCCCACGAUCAUCGUGGCCGGCGUCGUCAACGGCCACGUCGGCGUCAAGUACCUCUACGUCCGCUGCCUGCGAGACCGCGACGACGACCUCAUGCACCAGAAGACAUGGAGGUCACGGGCCAUCUGGAUCGGCAUGGCCACGCUCUCGUGGCUCGCCGCGUGGUUCAUCGCCGAGGUCGUCCCCGUCUUCAACGACAUGCUGGGCAUCACGAGCGCCCUGUUCGCCAGCUGGUUCACCUUCGGCCUCAGCGGCAUAUUCUGGUUCUCGAUGAAUUUCGAGAGGCGCGAGAUUUGGUACCACGUCCGAUCCAGAGGGUCGUGGUCGUGGAAGAAGACGAUCCUCCUUCUCGUCAAUUUGGUUCUCAUCGCCAUGGCCUGUAUACUCUGUGUGGUUGGCUUGUACGCCAGUAUCAGCAGCAUCAAGGAACAUGGUGCCACCAAGAAGCCAUUUAGCUGUUCUGCUUGA